UCAUGGCGAACGCGGAGCCGGGUGCAGGUAUACCUGUUACUUCGUUGUAUUCGUGUCACCGAACCCGUUCCACACGGCUACAAGCAACAACGGAAGCGCUGUUUGAGCAGCUCGACAACGGCAACCUAUCCGACGUAGAUGGGGAAUUCGAUGAAUCAGACGACGAGAGUGUGUUGCCUUGUGCUCCUGAUGAAGAUCCAGUGGAGAGCGACACUGAAAGCUCCGAUGACGAGAGUGCACUGAACACAUCUGGUGGCUGGAGACGAAAAUUAUUCAAGGCGCCAGACUUUUUUUUGAGAACUACUUUACGUCCCUGCCACUGCUCCGUGUAAUGCUGGGUAAAAAAAUAUUUGCUGCCGGCACUAUAAGAUCGGACAGGUGUGAAAAGUGCCCCUUGAAGACUGAAAAAGAACUGAAAAAAAGCGGCCGCGGUUCUUGAGACUGCGUGGUCAGCGCUGAUGGAAAUAUAGCGAUAACAAGGUGGAUGGAUAGCAGGACUGUGACCCUUGCGUCCAACUUUAUUGCUAUCGAGGACGAAGAUAGCGUUCGUCAUUGGAACAAAGCGGAAAAGUGUUACGUGGACGUGAAGGGACCAGCAGUCAUCAAUGCAUACAACCACAGCAUGGGCGGUGUCG